AUGCCAUACCAGCCAAACCAUAUCUUCAAAGGCGUAGUGACGAAAGUAGGAGUUAUGAGAAAGACGGCGACAGUGACAGUGGAACGUAUAUUUGAACAUCCUAAAAUACUGAAAGAGAUUAAAAGGCAUAAGAAAUUCCUUGUACAUGAUGAGAACGAGGUUGCCCGUUUAGAUGACAAAGUAACAAUAAUACAUGGUUCACGUACAUCACGUCGUAAAGCAUUCCGACUUCAUUCCAUCACCUCUCGAGAUACCAGGAAAUAUCCAGAUGAUCCUAUACCGCAAAGUAUCGCAAAACCAAGUUUUAAACCUAGGAAGGUAGAAAACAGUAGAGUAUUAGAAGCUAUACACGCUCAAAGGAUAGAGAAUCCAACUGUCAGCGCAUGA